AUGGACCAAUACAAAUACAGGAAUUAUCUGGACAGCAUUAUUUUGCAGCUCCGUGAACAGUUUGCAGAUUCUUCAUUGAUGGUACUCAACUUCAAAGAUGAAGGAAAAAGUAUGGUUUCAGGCGUUUUCUCUGUGUACAGUAUCGCAGUCAAAGACUACCCUUGCCAGUAUUUAAGAUGCCCAUUGCUUCCGUUGGACAUCAUUCUCCACUUCCUGAGGUUGAGUGAAAGGUGGCUUAUGCUUGAAGGGCAGCAAAAUAUUCUGCUAAUGCACUGUGAGAAAGGUGGAUGGCCGGUGUUGGCAUUUAUGCUUGCAGGUCUUCUGCUGUACAGGAAACAAUACAACGGGGAGCAAAGAACUCUAGAUAUGGUGUACAAGCAAGCGCCUAAGGAGCUUCUUCAGAUGUUAACCACAUUAAAUCCACAACCAUCUCAUCUUCGAUAUCUUGGGUACAUAUGCAGAAUGGAUGAUGAGUUGGGAUGGCCUACACAGCCUAUUCCUUUCACCUUGGAUUGUGUAAUUCUUAGAGAAGUUCCAAAUUUUGAUGGAGUAGGUGGUUGUAAGCCGAUAGUACGAGUAUAUGGGCAGGAUCUUCUAACAACUGACAAAAGUUGCAGUGUCUUUUCGCCAUCAUCGAAGGCCAAGAAACAUGUUAGGCGUUACAGACAGGCAGACAACGUGCCAGUGAAGUUAAAUGUUGGAUCCUGCGUCCAAGGUGAUGUCGUCCUUGAAUGUCUGCAUGUGGAUGAUGGCCUAGAAAAUGAAAGGUUAAUGUUUAGGGUGAUGUUCAAUACCUUUUUCAUCCAGUCUCACAUUUUACUGCUGAACUUUGAGGACAUUGAUGUCUCUUGGGAUGCUGAUCACCGGUUCACAAAGAACUUCAAAGCAGAGGUACUCUUUUCAGAGUUUGAUGCUGAGUCUGAUGCGUCCACUGAAGUAGCACCUGCUGAUGACGAUGAUGAUGAGAUGGAUGCUGGCUCUGCUGACGAGUUCUUUGAAGCAGAAGAAAUCUUCAGUAAUGCUGACUCCCAUGAUGGACAGAAGGAUGCUGAUACUCUUUCUAUAGCUUCUACAGAUUAUACUCCAACUCCAAGUGCCGAACCUCAGAAAAACUCACCAUUUUCAAAGUUUGAGCUGGAUAUUGACAUUGAUGGAUCAGAAGAUAAUAAAAUUGAUGACAUGGGUUUGUCAUUAGAAACAGUAAAUGAUGAAAAGACAUGCACAUCUGCUGAAGCCAAUAUGAUGCACAACAACAAAACUGGAUUAGUGAAGUCAAGUUUGACAGCUACAAUAGAUGGCGACAGAGAUAGUGGCAUUUCAGGUUCUUCUGCCUAUAGAGAUAAAGAGGAUGAUCGCACAUUUGAAAACUGUAGGUUUACACAGGAUACAAGGAUGGGUCCCAAUCAAUACUUGAGUCAGAUUGAUAACGUGUUGGUAAAGGAGGUGAUUAUAUCAGAAACCAACAGUCCAAAGGACAUACAGAUGAUCAAAGAGGUUAUCAUAUCUGAAGUCACCACCUCCAAACAUAUGGUAGAGGGGAAUACAAUGGAAACUGAAUUAUGUGAGGCAGUCCCCAAUUCAGAAAGCGUUGCAUUGGGAGAAGCUGACAAUAAGGAACAACUUAACAUAUAUUUCAAACAUGAUGAUGGAAAUAAUCGGGGAGAUGAAUAUGCUUCUUAUGACAAUAUCAUAGUGAUCAAACAAGAAGAAAAUAGCAACAUGGAAGGACUUGGCAUCAGGGACACAAAUGUACAUGUACUUGAGCCCACAUAUGAGAAUACCAGGGUUGAGCUUCCAUUAUCAGGGAAACCCCAUCUGCAGAGCUCAAGCACUUCUCCAGAUUUAAGUUCUGCAGAGAAAAAUAUUAAGCAGCUCCAUGCUUGCAAUAGUAAUGGCACUGCAGAACAGAUGGAGGGAAUGGACAUAUCAUUAUCCAGCUCUAGGAGCCAGUCCUCUAAUAUUUCUUCCGUGAACAUUCUGCCAAAAGGAUCUAACUUUGCAGUAAACAGUGCUCCAACUUCCGUGAAUGCAAAUACAUAUACAAUUGAUUCAUCUCGACUGGUGAUAAAGAAAAAAACUUUUCUUCCUUUGUCGACAUAUAGUCUUUUUGCUCCAUCAUCUCCCAGGCGCAAUCUGCUUCGUUCAGCAUCCACAGAUUUGUCCUUUUUAUCUCCACUGCAAACAGAAUCUAAGCAGAACUCUAUUGCUUCUACAAGCGAAAGGGAUCCUUUUGCUCCAUGUUCUGUGCCUCCAACACCUCCACCCCAUAUAUCCCUGAGAUCAUUGCCCAAAGUAUCAUCUCUAGUACAUCCCCCUCUCCGACCAAUAAGAACUGUUUCAUCUCUUCCUUCAUCUUCAUUUGAAGCAUACAUAGAGACGGCGAUUUCUUCUUCUUCAACAUCUCAUGCAAAACACCAAAAGCAUGUUAACCCGCAUCCUCCCCCAAUACCACCACCUCGACAUCUUCACACCUCUCACCCUCCAUGCCCACCUCCGCCACCACCACCACCAACACGUCCAAAUGAUUCUUGCAAUCAAAGUGACUCAAGCAUCCUAAUAUCUAAACAUGAACAAAGAAGAGCUAAUGGGUCUUGUUCCUCUAGUCCUGAUUGUAGGCAAACUGUUCUCAACUUAGGUGAUUUCUUAAUAACUUCACCCUCUAAAACUAGUAUAGAUACAACAGAAUGCACCUUAGGAGCCUCUGAUUUUACAGAUGAAGAAGUAGCAAGUAGACCCAAUAUACUAACUGGCAUGGAUGUCCCGGCUACUAGUAGAGAUACAAAAUCUUUGUUGGAUACAAUGACCUGUUCUUCACCUCCCAUAACAUCACAACAUGGUUCACCGUCACCACCUACGCCCCCACCUUUGUCUCCACUACCGCCACCAUCACAAUUACCACUACUAGUUAUAUGUAGUGAUAGUGGAUCAAUACCACUGGUAUACUCAAAUUCAUCUUCAAAUUAUUCAUAUAGAGAACCAAUAAUCCUACCAGAACAACAAUCCCCUGCUCCACCUACCUCUCCUGAAGGACAUGAAGCAAACGAGGUGGCAUUAUUGCAACCUUCUAUUGCUGUUGAAUUAUCUUCAUCAGAACAUUCUGAGUGCACAGUUCAACAUGUGUCUGGAAGUACUGAAGAUACAACUUCAAUUCUCUUAUCCUCUAUACCUGCAGCACCUGCAUAUUCACCAUUUCAUAUUGUAACAGAUGGCCCUUCAAGUUCAACAUUUGCAGAGGAAGCACCUUGUGAGCAGUCUUUAGAUCAAACAGCACUAUCCAUUCAUUUGGAGCCAUGCAAGGAGGAGAUAUCACAGAGUGAAAUAAUGAAUGGAGCCUUGACCUCCACAGUUGAUGGUAAAAACCAUGGAGACAUUUCAACUCCACCACCACCUAAAUUGCCUCAACCUAGAGAAUAUAUGAAACCUCCAUCUCCUGCUCCUCCUCCUCCACCACCUUCACCUUGUCAUGUGAGACUUGCAUCAUCUCCAUUGUUAUCUUUAUCUCCGUCUUCUCCAAGAGAAGAUUCUAAAAAUUCAUCUUCCCCACUCUCUCCUCCAUCUCCAACUCUACUCCCUAAUCAUCCAUAUCUUCCUAGAAAAUAUAUACCUUCACCUCCACCGCCUCCUCCACCUAGAGAAAAUGAAAGAUUUUACCAUUUACAUCCACUUUCACAUGUAAAACAAGUUAUACCUCUAUCACCACCGUCACCUUCACGUUUGGAUCUGCCAUCUUUUGUCGGACAUAUUACACCUCCGUCUCCAUACUCACUCCAACCUCCUUUUUGUGAAGAUAUAGCAAAUCCAGCUUCUCUUUCAUUUCUAGAGGAUCAUGCAAUAGUUUCACCACCAUCUUCAACCAGUGACGCUGGAAUCCCGCUGCCACCACCACCGCCGGUAGGAAGGAGUGAAAUUUUGCCUCCACCUUCUAUCGAAGGAAGACCUUCGCCACAACCAGCUCCUGGUCUUGAAGGUCCAGGACAAAUUUCACCUCCACCUCCUCCUCCUGGAGGUCAUGGAGGAUCUCCAUCGUGUACUCUUUGUGGUGGAAUUGUGGAAAUUUUGCCACCGCCACCUCCUGAAGGAGGUGUAGAAGCUUCAAUAUCAACUCCUCCUAGAGGAUUUGGGGGCAUUCCACCUCCACCACCCCUUUUUGGAGGGUUUGGAGGAACUCCACUACCAAUUGGGUUUCAAGGUGGUGGAGAUUCAUCAUCACUGCAACCUUCUGGAGGAUUGGGUGGGGCUUCAGAAUCACCACCUCCACCUCCACCGCCACCGCCACCGCCACCUCCUGGGGGAUACAGAGGGGAUCCACCUCCUCCACCUGGACGAAUUGGAGGAGUUCCUCCUCCACCGCCGCCUAUUGGAGGCCUAGGAGGAACUCCACCACCUCCACCUCCAGCUGGAUUUCGAGGUGGAGCUCCACCUCCACCUCCUCCUCCUGGAGGUCAUGGAGGGACUCCGCCGCCGCCUCCUCCAAGAGGACAUGGAGGACCAAGUGGCCCCUCUCCCCCGCCUGGUGCACCUGCUCCUCCGAUGCCUCCCGGAGUGCCUGGUGGCCCCCGCCCCCCUCCGCCUCCAGGUGGAAGAGGUUUGCCUACUCCACCUGGUGGAAGAGGACAUGGCCUUGCUCGCUCGUUGGGCUCAAACUCAUCUACCGCAGCACGACGAUCAUCUCUAAAACCACUACACUGGGUCAAAGUAACAAGAGCAAUGCAAGGAAGUUUGUGGGCAGAGCUACAAAAGCAAGCAGAUGCUAAUAGCCAUGCAGAAUUUGAUGUGAAGGAACUGGAAUCUCUGUUUACCAUUGCUCCAAAGACAAAAGGUGGCUCAAAAUCAGAAGGGCGUGGAAAAUCUCUUGGAUCAAAAACUGAUAAAGUUCAACUGAUCGAUCUAAGACGGGCCAAUAACACAGAGAUCAUGUUGACAAAAAUCAAAAUGCCACUCUCUGAUAUGAUGAGUGCUGCUCUAGCUUUGGAUGAUUCAGUUUUGGACGCUGAUCAAGUUGAAAACCUCAUAAAGUUUUGCCCAACAAAAGAGGAGAUGGAGCUUCUAAAGAACUACAGCGGAGACAGGGAAACUCUUGGAAAGUGUGAGCAGUUCUUUCUAGAGUUAAUGAAGGUGCCAAGGGUUGAAUCUAAGCUUAGGAUAUUCGCUUUCAAGAUUCAAUUUCGAUCACAGAUUAGGGAUGUUAGAAAGAAUUUGCAGAUUGUGUCAUCUGCAUGUGAGGAGCUCAGAAGCUCUGAGAAGUUGAAGGGGAUCAUGAAGAAUAUUUUAUUAAUUGGGAACACAUUAAAUCAAGGCACACCAAGAGGCCAGGCUGUUGGUUUUCGCUUGGAUAGCCUCCUAAAACUUGUAGAGACCCGCGCCACUAAUAGUAGAAUGACACUAAUGCACUUUCUAUGUAAGUCCCUUGCAGAGAAGUCACCGGAAGUAAUGGAUUUUCAUGAGGAUCUUGUCAGCAUGGAAGCUGCCUCAAAGUUGCAACUCAAAGCAUUGGCUGAAGAGCAGCAGGCAGUCGUAAAAGGGCUGGAGAAAGUUGAACAGGAACUAACUGCUUCAGAAAAUGAUGGGCCGGUUUCUGAGGUUUUUUGUAAGACUUUAAAGGAGUUCAUUGAUUCUUCUGGUGCUGAUGUGCGCUCCCUAUCAGCACUCUAUUCUGAAGUAGGCAAAAGUGCAGAUGCACUUGUCCAUUAUUUUGGAGAAGACCCUGCAAAAUUUCCUUUUGAGCAAGUUGCUUCCACCCUUCUCACCUUUGUGGGGUUGUUUCGGAAAGCUCAUGACGAGAACCUCAAACAGAUUGAGGUUGAGAAGAAGAAAGCCCAGAAAGAGGCUGAAAAAGAAGCAAACCAGGACAGAACUCCUGAAAAAUCAAAAAAUGGGCUUGUUGACAGAUCACCAAGAUCACCAUCACCCUUCAAAUGAUAUGUGCCGAAAGUUUUAUAUGGUCAUCAUUUCUUCCUCGACAAAUGCCACUUCUGCUGGCCGUGCAGAUUUUCAUAGAAGCAUCAAUGGUUACACAAAUGCAUUAAUUCCUUGUGGUCAACUUAUGCUUACAAGACAAGAUACUUUCGAUUCCACAUCCAUGCCAGAUAGCUCAUAACACUGUACAAAGCUAAUCCCACACCUGUUAGGUUAUUCUGUACAGAUUUCUUACUAGAUUUUUUCCCCUUCUGUCUAUAGUAGCAGCAGGAGUAGCUCACUGGUUGUAAACUAGGAAAUAGGAAUGUAAGCAAUGAUCAGUAGGUCAGAAGCAAUAGAAAAGGAUUAGUGUUGCCACAGGCAGAUCCCUAACCAACUAAUGAUGAGUGUAUAGCCAUGUUCUUGACAUAUCAACAAAUUAUAGAUCAAAGUGUUCAUGCA